AUGCCCUCCUGUAGGGAUUCCACAUUCCACGCCCAACGCUGCCUGUUCUACCUCAAGCGGGCAGACCAGCUGCGGCUCAGCUCCCAAGUUGUUCACUCGGGCCCCCGCCUCCGCGCUGCCUUGGCUUCUCUGGGCCUGGCACCUGAGCCGCCAGCCAUGACGACCCCGCCGAGACGCUCACAAGCACUGGGCAGCUACCACCCUGCCUGUGAGGCUGCCGUCGACCACCAGAUACACCUGGAACUCUAUGUCAUCUAUGUGUACAAGUCCAUGGCCACGUAUUUCGAAGAGAACCAGGUCACCUUGAAGUACGUGGGCAAGUUCUUCUUGCGACAGGCCGCCCAGAUGAAGGAGCACGCGGACAGGCUCAUCCGCCUGCAGAACCAGCGCAGCGGCCAAACCCGCGUGUACUACCGCAACAUCGACAUGCCUGACUACAACUACUGGGACAGCGGCCUGAAAGCCCUACAGCAUGCCCUCGACCUGGCGAUGAACGUCAACCAGAACCUGCUGUAUAUCCACCAGCUGGCCAUAGCGAACAACGACGCCCGCCUGACGGAUUUCGUGGAGCACAACUGUGUGUAUGACCAGGUGAAAUCCAUUCAAGAGCUCAGGGAUCAUAUCAGCAACUUCCCUGUGUUCCCGAGUACCUCGGAAGAGAGCCUGGCGGAGAAUCUCCUUGACAAGCUCUCCCUGAAUGACAAAAAGAACUGA